AAUAUGAAAACAUUGACAGUUUGAAAAAUCAGAAAGACAGUUACAAAAAAUGUGGUACUAUAAAUAAAAUAUUAUUAAAAAUGUGCAAACUAUUAAAUAGUGCUCCGUGUUUUAAGAAGUUUAGGAAACGCUGUUUUAAACAAAAGUGAAAUGAAUAACAAAAAGUAAACAAACAGAUUGUAGAAAGUUGAAAUUGUAGUAAGAAUUAAUAGGGAUAUUUUUCCAAGUUUGUUAAAAAGGAUUGUAAACCAGGUUUAGCAAGAGUUUGUUCAUUCGCUGCAGUACAUUAUACUAUAGCAUUAUAAAGUGGUCAGAUGCAUGUGAAACCAAGUAUAAGUGACAAGAAAUUUUGAAAAAUGAUUUUAAUGUUCUUGAGUAUAUUUUUAGAGUCUGUUGACAUAUUUAGUCGUAUUGUGUGUUUUUGUUAUUAUCUAACGAGUCGUAUUAUUUGAUUAAUGAAUCAGUCAAUGUAACUUCUUAUCAGGUAAAUUUCGAGCGUCAAUUUUUUGGCUUCUGUGGCGACUAGAUCCAAAUCUCACUGUCAACAGUGUCAACGCACCUUUCUCAAGCUUUUAACUCUUGUCGCAAGAAUCGUCCGAUAAUAAAAGUAGCACAUUUCGGUCUAAUAACUAACACAAAUCGCCUUGCUACUUGAAGUCAAGGCUGCGAUUGCGUGAGCUCGUCUUUAUUUCGUUGCGUCCUCGUGAACGCACCUUCAUCGUACAAAUGCGAAUUUCUUCCAAACAUUGAGGUCAAUGGAUGCAGAAACGGCCAAAAUCGCCGUUUCACGCAAGUGCGUUUUGCGUUAUUAUGCGCCGAGUUCCGUGUUGAUAGCCGGCGGCGUGUUGAAAUCUUGCGAAGUGUAAUCGGCUGGGUUCAGUGCAGUCGCGGACGUGCGUGCGUGUGUGUGAGUGCCAAUAAAAAUUUCAUCUCAUCUGUGAUAAGAUUACGACGCAUGGAUUGAUAACAACCGCUGCUGCUGCUGCGGACACGCUCAUAAUAUUUUCCAUUCUGGUGUUGAGAUGGACUCUCAGCAACAACAAUUCUGUUUGAAAUGGAACAGUUUUGGUACAAAUCUUGCAACAUCGUUCAGCAACCUCUUCAAAUCCGAAACUUUGGCCGAUGUGACGUUAUUUUGUGACGGUGUAACAUUUAAAGCUCACAAACUAAUCCUGGCAGCAUGUAGUAAACACUUAGCCGACUUAUUCGAGACGUCGCCCCCUCACCAAAACCUAAUAAUCAUCCUCGAUGGCACCUCAGCGUCUAACAUGUCAGCCCUGUUGGAGUUCAUGUACAAAGGGGAAGUCCACGUAUCCCAGGACUGUCUCUCCAGUUUCCUCAAAGCUGCCGAAUGUCUCCAGGUGAAAGGCCUGAGCAUCGAACACGAGAAACUCGCCGUGGCCCAAAGCCACAUGGAUACGACGUUGGACACCCCUCGUAAACACCUCAAAGUCCUCAAAGAGGAGAUGGACACCUCCUCCAGCCAACAGCAGUCGAGCCCGUCCCCCAGCUACUCGCCAGCCAUGUCCCCAUAUAUGCACCCACAUCACUACCGGCAGUACGAGCAGCGGAUGCCCGCCACGGGGGCUGCCUUCGAAUCGGCGAUGAAACGGCCGUUGCGCAGCCCGAGCGAGACUCUACACGAACGAGCGUCGGUUUUACGCGACGGGAGCAAAACGGCCGGACGUCCAGGCAGCCCCCAUGGGCCGCUAUCACUGGCUUUCAGGCCCUCGUUGCCACUGCAGCCCGAGGCCGACGCACCGCCCGAGAAUAGGUUUGACCCCGAUCCGGCCACGGCGGUGGUCUGCCCCGAGAGCAACACCUCGGAGUGCUGUCAAGACAGCGGCUGUGCUGAAGAUUUGAGGAUGAAAAUGGAGCCGGCUAUUCAGCAAGAUGAGCCGCCAAACAGUACAAGCGGAAGUAGUGGAGGGAUAAGCAAUAAUGGUUCGGCAAAUGGGUCACUGGGACAGAUUAAUAAGUAUGAUCACGAGAGGGACAAGGAUUUGGUGCCAGCGUCGUUGUGGAAUUCUGUGGCUGGAAAGUUGUCGCAUAAAAGCGGAACGGUUAAUACGCCAGACGGCAAGAAAUUGAAGUGCCCUUUUUGUGAACGAUUGUACGGAUAUGAGACCAACUUGCGCGCUCACAUACGACAGCGGCACCAGGGGAUCCGGGUGCCUUGUCCGUUCUGUUCACGUACUUUCACCCGCAAUAAUACAGUGAGGAGACACAUAGCCCGCGAACACAAAGCCGAAUUGAGUCUGAAGGCGUUUCAAAACCAGCAACAGCAGGUACACAACCAUAAUCCAUAAGAAAAACCUGAUACCACAACUACCUGAUAUUUUUAAUGUAAGGUGCACCCCGAGACAUGCGUCAAAGCUUGAGAUCUGAUGUAAAUAUAAUAUAUUCUCGUCUUGCGCUCCUGUCUCGGAUUCAUGACUCUUGUCUGUGUUGUUAUCUUAAAUAUGGUACGUGUCAUUUUUUAUACUUUAGUUAAGGAGUAGGAAAAAAAAAACGUAAAGAGAUAGAAACAAUACGAGCUGGUCUUGUUUUGUUUUGUAAAAAUGUGCAAGUGCUAAGGUUUAAGCUUCUUUACACUCAGGUUGUUAUCAUUUUAAGACCGAAAGAUUACAGCGGUGCGGAAAAAUUGUCUCGAGGUCUCUAAUUUUUUCCCUUGUACUUAUAUUAUUUUUUUAAACUACUUACGUCGAUAGUUUUAAGUAUUAAUUAAGCGAAGUUUUGUAUGCCAGGGUGUAUGUGAAUAUUAACCGUCCUGGCCAUGCGGUUAUAACCGUUAACCCAGAAACUACCUCAUAACUUUAACGGCUGCCUCAGUUUUCUUUACCAUUUUAGUAUCAGCUAGUCAUUAGUGCAACACAUUUAGAAUUUAGUUAAAAUCGAAGCUCAGGUAUGGUAGCAAAUUACUUUUCGCCCCUCCCCUCUCAUUUUCCUUCCUAAUCACGUGAUUAAGCUUUAACGACGUGUGUGAAAUAGUUUGGGUGAAUACAAUUCACGUUAAAAAUGUGAUCCGAAAUUUUGUUGGCUCAAUUUGCGUUGAAAACAGGACCCUGAUUGUGUCAUUGCGAUUUGGGGUUUAUUGAAGGUAACAACAUGCCAUAAUUGCUAUACAAUGAACCAAAUAGAUAUUAAUUAUAAGCUACUAGUCAUUAAAUCAAUAGCUACUUUCUGUAACACUACCUCAACAAUCUAUAUAUUACAGUAUUUUUCUCUUGUAUUACGGGUCUAUUUUUCAUACAGUUACUGUUAUAUACGUACAGACACAAGUGGCUUUUUCAGUUACAUCAACUACCUCAUAAAACAUGACAAUUCAUCGCUAAUUUAUUCUAAUUAUAGAUUUUUUUAAUAAAGAAAUAAUUAUAUUUUAUAGGAAUUGUAAUUGCACUGUUAUUCAAUUGAGAGCUUUUUAUAAAAAACGACCACAGUACAAAAUUCAGGUGGGUUUGGAGCUCACAUCAAUCUGAAACGAGGGGCCUUUAACUUUGAAAUUAAUUAAUUACUGGAAUUCUUUUUGGAACUAUACGAAAAAUAUAUACAGGGUGUUUCACAUAAUUUUACGAGGCCUGCGCCUUUAAGAUGCAAUCAAUAAUACAUUCCGAUACGA